CUGAUGGAGAUUAGUGUAGUUUGAUCUAUAUAACUAACACCGUCAUGUAUUUUACUUUGUUGUUGUUGGUAAUUUAUCGUAAUGUCUUAAAACCAUUGCCUUUUUGGUGGUAUCUUUGAAAUAGAAGUACCCUAAUCUCUACUUGAUGAUAUUACUCCCAUGAUGUAGAUAUCUGGUCAUAAUGACGAUUCACCUUUUUUUGCUUUACCAUUUGAAGCUCUGGAUUUCAACAAAAAUAUAAUAUGCAAUUGUUGAAUUCAUUGUUUGAUCCUGUAUCAGACUGUAUCCAAUCAACAGAAGUUAGAGUAAUUGGUUCGACAUCGUAUUUUAUGCAUAUAUUUCAUUGUUAUAUGUGCAAUCAUAUGGCCUUUUUUUCUUUGUUAUAUAUGUGUGUAGUUUUGAAGAUCAACAGAUUAAUAUUUUGUAUCUUUCAACUGGAAAUGUUAAAACACUUGGUUCAGUAACAGUAACCAACAUCUAAAUACUCUGAUGGAUGUUGGGGGCACCUACAUCCUGUUUGUGUGAUUUAUCAAUUAUGGAAGUGAUAUGGGGUUGUUUUUUCUAUGGAUUUUCUAGCCAAAUUGCAUGGAGAAUGUAUGCAUCCUAUGUUGAACAUGAAAAUCAGUUCUUUCUAUACCUUUCUUGCCAUGGGAUGAUAUUUCAUGUUAAAGUAAAUCCAUACCUUAGAAAUUUUGCUAUGGAUAUCGAAGAUGCAGAGAAUAAAGUUUCAGUUUCGUCUGUUAUUCUCAAUUCCAUAGGUUAUCGGCAGAAUGAAGUUCUUUCUCCAGAAGAUCUUGCCUGGGUUGAUUCAUGCCUAAAUAAAGAUUCUGACGUUUCAGAAAGUGAUUGGAUCCCUCUGAAAAAUGCUUUAUUAGAAAUUAUUAGUUCCCAAUCGCAAUCUUUCAGUGCUAAUGUUGAAGAGACAAAAAUUCCACCCUACAGUAUUAGUUCAGAACGUAGUACAUUAGAACUUAAUCAGCAAUCUUCAACUUCUCAUGUGGAAAACUUGUCAGAGGCUUCUUCAACUUUUCAUGUUAAACCAGUAAGUAUGGCGAUAGAAACAAGCAGUAAUCAAAUUCCUGAUGAUGAAAAGAGUGGGACUUUGCCAUCCUUCACUUUUCAGGGAAAUCCUUUUCUGCCAACUUAUAAUGAAGACCUGAAGGAGAAUGAAACCAUUGAUUUUGGACGUAAUCUGGAUUCUUCCACGUAUGAGAUGGAGCACCUGGCCGAGAAUAUCUUCAAAAUCUGGGAUUUAGACAUUCCAUCUGAGGAUGGUGAACUGGUUAAACAGUUGGACAAAGCCCUAUCAGAGAAUUCCUUUCAAACAGUGCCAUCACCUUUUGAUGAUUCAGCGAAGUGGAAAGACAUGGAGGAAGGCUCACUUGAUGAUCUUAUUGCCAGUAUUGCUGACUUGUCAUUAAAUAAAAAUGUUUAGUGUUCAUUUAUUUAUUUAGGUUAAGAUUAUUCUGUCAAUUAUGUUUACUUUUAAGUGUUAGUAUUGAAUUAUCCUUGCAAAAUAGGACUACUGUAGUAUAUACAAAACAUUUCGUGAUUAAGACAGUUUUGAAUAGGGAUUGUGAAACCGUGGAAGAAACAGGACGUAUAUGAAUUAGUAUUAAAUUUCAUUUAU